UUUCUUUAUUGGCUUCAUUUAGCUCUUUCCUUUAAUUUCUUCUUUGCCUUCUUCAAUUUUUUUCCUAAAAAUUGUCAAUUCUCUCUCUUCUGUCUCGUGUGUUCUUGCCUGUCAUUGCCUGUUCUUCCAACAAAACUCUACCUUUUCUUAGAUCUAAACCUGAAUAUGGGUCGAGUUAAACUCCAGAUAAAGAGAAUAGAAAACAACACAAAUCGACAGGUUACCUUCUCCAAGCGAAGAAAUGGACUCAUUAAGAAAGCUUAUGAGCUCUCUAUCCUUUGCGACAUCGAUAUUGCUCUCAUCAUGUUCUCCCCCUCCGGCCGCCUUAGUCAUUUCUCCGGCAAGAAGAGGAUUGAAGAUGUGCUUACCAGAUACAUAAAUCUCCCUGACCAUGACACCGGAGGGAACGUUAAAAAUCGCGAGCCUUUGAUUAAGACCUUGAAGAAGCUCAAGAGCGAAAAUGAUGUUGCACUUCAAUUAGCCAAUCCUGGAGCUGUUAACUCUAACGUGGAGGAUCUCCAACAAGAAAUUAGUAGAUUCCAACAACAACUUCAGAUGGCCGAGGAACAAUUAAGGAUUUUUGAGCCGGACCCACUAAAGCUAACAUCAAUGGGAGAACUUGAAUCAUGUGAGAGGCAGCUUAUGGAUGCAUUGGCACGUGUUACACAAAGAAAGAAAUAUCUGUUAGGCAACCAUAUAUCGUCCUAUGAUCAAUCCAAUAUCCAGAUGUAUUUGGAUUCUCAAGAAGGGAUGCCCACAUCGUUUGAGAAUGAGGUUGUGGGUUGGUUGCCCGAGAGCGCCAACAACUCUAAUCAAAUUUUCCUCGGAUCUGACUCUUUGGUUCCUCUAAGGGAUCAGUCAUCCACAAUAUAUGACACAUUUUCUCAUGGAACAAGUUUAAAUGUGGACCCAAGAGGCAUGGGAGAGUGCAAUGUCAGCACUACAAGCGAUGGGAAUCUUCCUUCUUGGCCCCAUGGUUACACUUCCAGCGAUCUUCUCUCCGCUCUCAUGCCACCUUCUUCCUUCCCUCUAAUUCAGCAGGGAAUGGCGGGCCCAGAUAUGCAAUCAAUAAUGCCACGUGAGCAGGUGGAGACCCCACCGAGCUGUUCUCACGUGCCAGCCAAUCAAGAGGGUGCCAAUUUUGACUUAUGAGAUCAACUUUCCGUACGUUGCCGUAGAAGAACUUGAGUUGGUAGCAGUGUAGCUCAGGGAUGGAUCAAUGGCUCUGCGCUACGAUGCGCCUGGGAGGAAACUGAAAUGAAACCCAAGUGAAAAGCAUAUAUAGUUGGAUAAAGAAUAUUAAUUUACGUCCUUUGGGACAGAUUUUGAUGAUAGAACAUAUAAGCACAAAAAGCGCUUAUUUACUGUAAUAUCUUUAAUUUUUCUUCUGGGUAAAACUGUAAUAUCACCCUUGCAUGGAUCACACAAUUAGCUUUCAAAUUGCAAUAGGUUUAAACCAAACACCUUUCUUCGUA